AGGGAGGGUGAGCAAAGGGCAGCUGGGUGAGCAUAGAGCAAGCCAGGUGUGCCCCAGACUUCUACCUCUCAUCCGUCAGCCUCGCCCAGAGGCGCUUCCUCCCGGCAGAACUGAGGCCUCGCUCGCUCACUGCUGGCUGCUGGAUUCAGACAGGAGAAUGAAAGGACUUCGCUGGCGUUACACUCGUCUGCCCAGCCAGGUGGAGGACACUCUGUCUGGAGAGGAGGGUGAGGAGGGGGAAGAAGAAGAGGAGAAGGAGGCAGCCCCAGCUCCAGCCCCAGCUCCUGAAGAUCCCGUGGAGCCCCAGUUGGCAGAAGCCAGCCAGGUUCUGGGAGCCUCAGAGAUUAGGCAGCUCAGCCUCCACCUCCCCCCGAGAGUCACUGGAUAUUCUUGGAGUCUGGCCUUCUGUACAGCAAGGGAUGGCUUCAGUCUGCAGAGCCUGUACAGGCAGAUGGAGGGCCACAGUGGGCCCGUGCUGCUGGUGCUGAAGGACCAGGAUGGGCAGAUAUUUGGGGCCUUCUCCUCCUCAGCUUUUCGACUCAGCAAAGGCUUCUACGGUACCGGCGAGACGUUCCUCUUCUCCUUCUCCCCACAGCUGAAGGUCUUUAAGUGGACAGGAAGCAACUCUUUCUUUGUGAAAGGAGACUUGGAUUCACUGAUGAUGGGCAGUGGCAGUGGCCAGUUUGGGCUGUGGUUGGAUGGAGACUUGUAUCACGGAGGAAGCCACCCCUGUGCGACCUUCAACAAUGAGGUGCUGGCCCGGCAGGAGCAGUUCUGCAUCAAGGAGCUGGAGGCUUGGGUUCUGAGCUGAUGGCCUCACAGUGGGCAGCUUCCUGAGGUAGCAGGUGCUCGGACUUGCUCAUGGAUGCCGUCCAGGCCCUUACACGGGGCAGGCCAUUCUGUCCAAAACACAAUGGUGAAGUGUCCUAGUGCCGACUGUGGCUGUGAGCCAGCCUCGCGGUGGCCUGGGGACCCAAGACAGGCACGGGGCCGGAACGGAAGGAGUGAAAGCCAGUUACACCUCACCUGAGCAGGGCAAAGUCCCUCUUGAAAAUUAUCUUCUAAAAAAUUAUGCAAUGAAUACAUGUUUAUUGUA